AUGUACGAUCCGCUCGGAUUGAUAGCACCGGUGAUCGUGCGUGCUAAGAUGCUGAUGCAGGAGCUAUGGCUACUCAAAUCCGGCUGGGAUGAACCUGUUCCUAAUCACAUCUGUAAAAAAUGGAAGGCGAUUCAGAGCGACUGGAAAACGUUAUCCGAGUACAGGACUAACCGUUACGCUCUCUUACCAGAUGCAACAGUAGAAUUCCACACAUUUACCGAUGCUUCGGAGGCCGCCUACGGAGCAUGUGUCUACGCUCGUUGUGAAAACGCGGCGGGAGAAGUCCGCAUCAGCCUAUUAGCUUCGAAGUCUCGAGUGGCACCACUGAAGCGCGUCACGUUGCCGAGGCUUGAACUAAGCGCAGUUGUCCUGGGCGCCCAUCUGCAUCAUCGCGUCAAGGAGGCAAUGCAGAUCGUGUGCGCCGAAUCGUUUUUCUGGUCCGACUCAACAGUGACGCUAAAAUGGAUUGCGUCACCUCCCAACUCCUGGAAGACGUUCGUGGCAAAUCGAGUAGCUGAGGUGCAACACUACUCUCAUCCAAGGCAAUGGAGGCACGUUCCUGGCACAUCCAAUCCUGCUGACUUGGUUUCCCGAGGCAUGUCGGCAGCACACUUCACGCAGAAUCAGCUUUGGAAUAAUGGUCCAGAUUGGCUUGUGCAACCUUCGUCCCAUUGGCCCAGCUCAGAUCCAGAACCAAGCGAUGAGGCGGACCUAGAAACACGCCAGACUGCGCCCAGCAAAGAUGCAUUUUCCGCGGAAAUCAAGCAGCUAAAAAAGGGAGAAACAUUGAUGAAACAAUCACCUUUACGAAAACUUACCCCAUUCCUGGAUACAGAAGAAGUAAUACGGGUGGGAGGACGGUUGAACUUGUCGCAACUACCGUAUCAGUCCAAGCAUCCAGCUGUUCUACCGAAGAACCACAAAUUCACUCGUCUACUUGCGGAAGAUUAUCAUGAAGAGAUGAAACAUGCUAGUGGAAGGCUAUUGCUAUCCCGCAUUAGAGAGCUGUAUUGGCCACUGGAUGGACGUCGCUUGGUAAAAAGCAUUGCAAGGAACUGCUUCCGCUGUGUUCGGCAAGAUCCCGCACUCGCACGGCAGCCGGUUGGCCAGCUUCCACCAUCCCGCAUCACACCGAGCCGACCGUUUUCUGUAACCGGAGUGGACUACGCCGGUCCAUUCUAUUUGAAGCCAGCGCACCGGAAGGCAGCAGCUACUAAGAGCUAUCUGUGCGUUUUCGUGUGUUUCGCUACGAAAGCUGUGCAUUUGGAACUCGUAGGAGACCUCACAACGGCGGGAUUCUUAGCAGCGCUACGCCGAUUCACAUCACGACGCGGAUUGCCAGCCCACAUACAUUCUGAUAAUGGGAAAAACUUCGAAGGCGCAGAACGUGAACUGAAGGAGCUUUUUGAGCUGUUCAACGACGAACAACACCGCAACACCGUGGCUACCAGAUGCGCUGACCGGGGAAUCACUUGGCAUUUCAACCCACCAAAGGCUCCACACUUCGGCGGAUUAUGGGAAGCAGCAGUAAAGACGGCGAAGCGACACCUCUAUCGUCACCUGGGCAAUACUCGGCUGUCGUACGAAGGCUACUGCACUGUGCUCCACCAAAUCGAGGCAGCGAUGAAUUCCCGUCCGCUGUUGCCUUUGUCCGACGAUCCCAACGAGCUAGCUGCACUCACACCGGCACACUUCCUUAUUGGCACAUCGAUGUUCGCCGUGCCUGAACCGGACUACACCCAGCUGAAAUCCUGCACGCUAGAUGAUCUUCAGAAGUGGCAGCUUUUAGUUCAGCGUUUUUGGAAGCAUUGGGCCUCUGAGUAUCUACAAGAAAUGCAAAAAAGUUAUGCAAGUGGUGGCAGCAACAUACUUCCCGGCAGGUUAGUGAUCCUCAUGGAUGAAUCGUUACCCACCAUUCGUUGGCCUCUCGCGCGUAUCGUUGAAAUCCAUCCCGGUGAAGACAAGAUAGUACGCGUCGUUACGCUCAAGACAGCUAAGGGAAUAAUUACGCGACCGAUCACGAAAAUAUGCGUUUUACCGCUCAGCACUGAUAGCGAAAACCCCGUGUAA